CAGGACUUUCAAGUCGUUGAGAAGCACAACCGUUACGAACAACGGCUGGCGCGCGUGGACCCGCUUGAUCAUAAAGUGUCAAAACACAUAAUCGAAUCAACAAUAUUAGCUGACAGCAAGUGAUGGAUGACAGCAAGUCUGAAACGAUGGUAGAUAUUAUUCGACUUAACGUUGGAGGCUUUAUGUAUACCGCUAGACGUGAAUCUUUAUGCCGUUUUAAAGAUUCGAUGUUAGCAGCCAUGUUCAGUGGAAGAUUUCCUUUAAAAAUGGAUAAUUCAGGAGCAUGUCUUAUUGAUCGUGAUGGCAAUCUUUUUAAAUACCUCUUAAAUUAUCUUCAUGGAGAAGUUUGGAUUCCUGAAAAUGAGGAAACACGAAUUGCAUUACAAGAAGAAGCUGAUUAUUUUGGCAUCCCUUACCCUUACAGUCUUGUUGACCAUCUAGCUAAUGAAAUGGAGACAUACUGUUUUAAAACAAAUGUAGAACUUAAGAAGGCACUUGUAGGUUUUUGUGACUCUUAUGGCUUAAUCUGCACUAAACCAACAGUUUGGGUCUUGCAUUACCUCAACACUUCUGGUGCCAGCUGUGAGAGUAGAGUAAUUGGAAUAUAUGCGACAAAAGCAGAUGGAAUAACUGCAGUUGAAAAGGAACUAGGAGGACGAAUAAAUAGUAAAAAUAUUUACAAAAGAGAGGCUGGAAACAACAUCCAGUACAUUUGGAGUUACUAUUCAGUAACAGAACUGAAGAAGAUAAUGGAUGCAUUUGAGGCUUGGGAAGGAAGAGGUGCCAGCUACUGGCGAGUACCACAGGAGCUGAUGGAGUGUUGGACUCUUGAGGAGCAUUCUUUGAAAGGAAGCCUUCAGAAUAUGUCUCCCGUACGUAAACGGCGAAUAAUUGGUUCUCUUGAUGGGGAAGAAGAAACUCAGCAGAAUAGCAGAAUAGCUUGGAAGCCAGUUCAAUUCUCUGGCCCCUCCACAAGUACCCACAUCAAAGUUAAGAACUCAGCUUCUCUAAAGAUAGCAGCAUCUUCUCAUGCCCAAACAGCUCUGAAGUGUCCUACCAGAGAGACCUCUUUAACAAGCAAAAAGAUUUUCAGAACUCUUCAUGCAAGGACAGUAUCAUUGACUAAAAAUUCUCAGACCUCUCUUAGAAACGCUGACCAGGGGGAAGUUGGCCAAAUGAUCCCCAAGUCUCCCUCAUCCAGAAAGUUUGCAACCGGCCGGGUGAUAAAACUGAAGCGGACUCCACUCUGUAAUGAAUCACAGACUCCACAUUCUUCAACAGUUGUGAAGAAAGCUAAAGAGCAAUUUCCAUCUGCUGCAGUUACUGAGACUUCUACAUGUCACUCGUUAAACGGUGAGGAUUCGGGCCUUUCCCUGAAGUGCACUAGCAUCAGAGAUGGUCUGCAGAAUAGCCAGCUGAGUGGCGAUGUGUGACACUAGUCUUCAAGGUCAUUCUUUUUUUUAAACUUCAGAAACUUUUACCACCCGAGAGUACAAAACAAUCCCAGGUUGCACAAAAACAACCUCUACAAUGUGCUCUACAUGGGGCUGCCCUUGAAGAGUGUUCGAAGACUUCAGCUAGUCCAGAAUGCAGCCGUGCA